AUGAGUCUAAAGUUUGCCUCCAAUUUAUCCUUCAUGUUUAUGGAGACACCAUCUAUCAUAGAAAGAUAUAAAUUAGCAAAAGAAGCUGGAUUUAAAGCUGUAGAAAGUGGUUUUCCUUUUGGUUUCUCUGUUAAGGAUGUUACCGAAGCUAAAACAAAAGCUGGUCUCGAACAGAUUCUAAUAAAUGUUUACACAGGUGAUGUAUCAAAAGGAGAAUUAGGAUUUGCAGCAAUACCUGGGGAAGAAGAGAACUUUAAGAAGAGUAUAGAUAUGACAAUAGAGUAUGCAAAAGCGUUACACUGCAAAAGAAUCCAUGUAAUGUCUGGUAAAGUUAACCAGCCAACAUCUGUUAACGAUGACGUGUAUGAAAAGAGUCUUUUAUAUGCAGCUGAGAAGUUUCAAAAAGAAGGAAUUCUAGGUGUUAUUGAACCUAUCAAUAGCAUUAGUGUUCCCAAUUAUUAUAUGAACAGUUUUGAGAAAGGCCUAAACGUAGUGAAAAAGAUAAAUAAUCCAAAUUUGAAGUUACUACUCGAUGUUUUUCAUCUGCAGCAUAUUUGUGGCAAUAUUACAAAAAAUAUUAAGGAACUUCUACCUUAUAUAGGUCACGUACAAAUUGCUCAAGUUCCGGACCGACAUGAACCCGACACACCUGGAGAAAUAGAUUAUAAAUAUGUUCUUUCUGUCUUGGAGAAGGAAGGUUACAGUGGAUAUGUUGGUUUGGAAUAUCGUCCAAAAUCGUCUUCAGUGGAAGGAUUAAGUUGGAUGCAAAAAUACGGUUAUAACUUUUAACGAUGAUCUUUCCGUACAAUAUAAUAAUUAUUGUAUUUCUUCAUAUUACAUAGGAAAAUAAUAAGGAACACUUCAUUAAAACUA